GUGUCGUCGUAGACCACGUUGAACCAUCAUCGGCUUCCUUCAAAACCCCACCAACCGUGCGAAGCUAUCCUUCUUCGCUUCUCUCAUAGACCUUCGCCGGACAAAAAAGAAGGAGAAAAGGAAAGUAUAUACGCGCGGUUAGUACGACAAAACCGCGUACGAAGGUAAAAGGAAGACGGACUGAGAGAAACGAGGGAUGAAGAGAGUGUAGAAAAAGAGGCAAGCGAGAUGCGGCGAGAAGAAAGAGGGAAUAUAGAGAAUAGGAUAAAACUAGAGAGAAGGAAGUAUAAGUACGAGAGACAGGAGAGUGAGAAAGGUGGAGUUACGAAAAGAAGAAGAGAAUAAGACAGAAGAAAGAGGGAUAACGUGGUUGGACAGAGAGGAGAUGAGAAAAGAGACGGUUACGAAUGAGGAAAGGAGAUGAAACGAUGAAAAAGCGCGAAAGGGAGGGAGGUGAAAGAGAGACGGACAGAAAGAGCGUGAAUUGGAGGUUUCGAGCCGCGCCUCCUACCUUCAGGGCCCAUGUAUCCACAGCUCGGCACUGUUGACGACGGAGCGCCCUAUGGAAGGGGAUAGGGAAUUACGGGGAACGUGGUUUAGGCAAGAACGAUCGUCCGUAGUCGUAGUCGGGCCGCGAGUUGAGCGAUGUCGUGUGGCCGAUUUUUAUCGUCCACCGUGUUUUUCUUCCAACGCUUUUGCAUGGAUUCAAUUUUCACCGAGUGUUGUUUGCUUCGUGGCCACCGAUGUAUGUACGUGUAACCGAUUCGGUGAACAAGCAUGCGAGCACGAACGUUUCGCCCUUUCCUCCGAGUGGAUACAACACACGGAAGAUAAAAGAAACGAAAAGCGACUCGUUCGCUUUCCAUUCAAACACUGUACGACUUUAAAAACACGUGUUUAUCUUUGGUGCGUGUCACCCACACGUCGAUCACCCUGUCAUCUGACGUCGAACGAACGUCAAUCAGGAGAGCAUUAUGUUCGCGGAAGUGUGUUAAAGUUUUCUUAAGUGAGCCGUGAACAGUAUUUAGGAAAUUGGUACAAGUGAGAAUCGUGUAUUUCCUGUCGACAAGUCGGGAUAGUGCGACGGUUGAUGCGAGUCAAGGGAACAGGAAUUGAUCGAAUACGGUGACAAGUAUCGAAAGAAAAAUCAAAAGAAAAGAAAGUUAGGAAAGAAGAAGGCUGGAAGGAAAGUGUGCGCAGCGUUUGUGGAUGCAUGAGGGUCUCAUGGCUACCGGAUUGGUAAAGUGGUGGCGGGCAAGGUUCCUCGCUGGUUAUAGACCCUUUUCUGUUGUUGGUAACACGGAAGGCAGCGAUUCUGAGGAACUACUUGCCGGUGUCUCGGCACCUUGUAGCGGUUCACCACCGGAGUCACAGCCAAUUUUAUUAGAAACAGAAACACCGCAGGUCGCGGUUGACGCUUCGACCAGCCCAACACUGGCCACCGGAAAUGAGGAACAGCCCGCUGCUGCUACUACGAAACAGCUUAGUUUUGAGGAAUUCGAAUGCGAUGUCUCGGUAGCAGAAGGCGACCGAAAGAGGCAAGAAUUCUCGUUCACCCUGUACGACUUCGACGGCCACGGGAAGAUAACAAAGGACGACAUAGCUGGCUUGGUCACUACCAUUUACGAUACCCUGGGCGCUUCCAUCCAGGUACCUCCGUGCGGCAGUAAGACGAUUAAGGUGAAAUUGACUGUGUCGCCGGAUCAGAGGAGCAGCCAGCCAAAGAGCGGCUGUUUGAACGCUUCUUCACAGCCGAACACAAGCUUUUCCGGAAAUUCGUCCUGCUGCCAUUUGAAGCACGCGUCCUGUAACAAUGCCGCCGCUACUCACACAACGGCACACGGUUUACGUAGAGUUCCUAGAAGGAGAAGGGUGCCACGACACCGUUGCCAGAACGAACAAAAGGAAGUGGAGACUCACAGCGAGGACGAGGGUGAAAACGCGCGAACGAAUCGAAUAAAGCAAGAGGAAUUACGCAGAAGGGUGGGGCCCGUGCCUCAUUUACCGUCACCCUAUUCCAAUAGCUCCGAGGGUGAUAUCAGCGACGACAGUGACGUUUCCCCAGCAGUUUCCCCCUUGGCGCCUCUCCUCACGACUAAUCAACGAAAACGCAGCGGUGCCCUACAAAGGCAACAACUCUUGGAAAUUAUUCAGGCCAACAUGGAAAAGAAUAAUCUCAGUUUUCAUACGUCAAGGAAACGGCAUCAGAACGAGCAACUGCGCGUUCCGUCUCAAGCACCUCACGUCGAGUCUUCACCUCACUACAAUCAGGACUGUCGAUUGCCAACGGAACCGCGGCCUACACCGAUGGCGUACCAUAAGCCGACACGGGAAAAGCCUCAGGGUUACACGACUUUUUCCAAGGUACCCGCCAAGUCACGGGGUAAUUUAAGGAAAACUCGGAUGCAGUACGGCCUGCAGCGGAACAACACCGCGAUGCAACCACCUAGAGCUUACGUGCAACCUCAAGUUCUGCCUCGUACCGUGCUCAAUCCCAACGUGUACGGGGAUCAACAACCGACUACGGGUGGUAACGCGAAUCGCAAUGUCGGUAACCUGAUGCCAAACAAUCAGCAUCCGGUGAAUCAGACACCACCGAACAAUCACAAUGUUCAGCGUAACGAAACGACCACGCAAUUCGGUCAAACCACGCAACAACCGUGCGGUAAGUCGAGCAAGAAACACCAGCUGAAACACGCGACCAGAGAACAAGAUCAGGCUAGAGCGAUGGUACAGGUCGUUCGUUGGCUCGAACGAGAAUUCUCGCAGAACGCGGCUGCGAGCUCCGGUCGGAAACACGUUCACGAACACAUUCAUCAUCAUUAUCAUCAUUACCACACAGAGGCUCUUGUUUGAUUCGUUCGUAGCGUCGCUCAAAAAGUACGUUCAGAAAUAAGAGACAUAGUAGGCGAUCGGGGUUGACAUUCUUGAAUGGUAUUGUUUCGAAUCGUAUACGACUGGUGAAAGUCCAUUCACUCGAAGCUUUAUGUAGUUUAUUUCCCAUGUGUUUCAAUUUUAUAGACGCUUUCUCCGUGGGAUGAGGGCUGUAAACAUUUUGUUCUUAUAAAUUCUUCAAAUUUUUUACUGUACACGUAUGGUAUAUGGUUUGCGACAGGAUCUAUAAAGUUUCUCUUUUUCAAUUUAUUACUGAUAUAUAUUGAUUUCGUACAUGGUAUAAGAAGAGUACUUCAUCAACCUACAAACUGAGGAUCAAAACAGCUGUCAUACGACUUGAGAUGCCAAAAUGGCUAAGAAUGAAUGUUUGUUAAUCGAUUUCUACAUUUUGCUACAUUCUUUUGUGCAGCAAUUUAUACACAUGUUUUUAUCCGUUAAAGUGUACUGUGUUCCUGCUAAACAUGUCAGAAAAAAUAUCACGCUUAUAUAGAGUUCGUUUCUUAUUUUUAUAUCGAUUCGACGAUAACCAGUUUGAUAAUCACUGCCAAGUUUUAUUCAUUCUGGAAACAAGUUAUUUCUCAAUCCAGUUACAUAGUCGAUCCAAUGAUGAAUCAAUUUGAUUUUGACAAGUUAUUAUCACUUCGAAACAUUAUUGGUAUCGCCCUAUGGCAGUAUGUAAUCGAGAAGUUCUAUUCCUGAGACGUGUAAUCGUGUUCAUCUUAUCUUUUAGGGAUUGUUAAUUAUUUAUCAUACGGGAUAGGUGAAUCUUUUUUUCUAUUUCUCUUCUGGAUUUCCAGGAUAGACGAAGGUACAAGUAUACUUUCUUCAUCUCUUCAUAAUCUUAAUUAUUGUGAAGAAGAUCCACAAAGAUACCAAUGAUCUAUUACUAUAUUAAACUGCUUGCUACGAUGGUUGUUAUUUCAAACAUUUACAUUGUCAUUCGACGCAUAUACGUUCAUGUAUAUAAACACUUUUACAAACAUAUUUCUUCCAUAUUUUUUAUCUCGCAAUUUUCCGAAGGAAGAUCCUUUUAUUUUUCCUUCCAACUAUACGAAAGCGUACAGGAAUUUGCGUUACGUUUUUAGUACAAAAUACAGGGAUCCAUUUCUCUUGUUCUCUGAACUAAUCUGUUUCAUUUGAAGUAACAAGAGUACAAUUAUUUUACAACAAAUUUAUUCGAUCUAUUUAUAGUAAACAAUGUAAUUUCAUACGAAACAGUAUUAGUGCGUAACAAUAAUGUAACCACUAUACACAGUUGUAUAAAAUUUGUUGAUAAUUCCGGAUACGCAAAGUAUGUAGAAAUUGAUAGAAAUAUUUUAAACAAAACGAUGAUAUUCAACGGUACCGGAACUAAGAAAACGUGUUACUUACUUGAGGGACAAAGUGCUUUUCUAACUUGAGCUUCCUUGCUGAAUGUUUAAGGAGAUCAUAGGCAGAAAGUGUCUGCUGAUUUUUUCUCUUAGACUUUAAGUGUUUCAACAUACCUCUCGAUGGAUUUCCUUUGAAUAUUUCUUUCGGGACAUAUUUCAUUCGAUGGACAAAUAUAUUUAUUUAACAGAACUGAGAAACAAACGAGUUGUAAGUAAACGUUUAGUCAAAGAAUCAAGAACAUUGGAUGACUGUUAACAAGUGUUAACACCGAUUUUAUAUUGAGAAAGUAAUAAAAGUAGUGUUGAAUCUGAUUCAUUGAAAAUUAAUUUAUAAUUGUUUCGAAUAAAAAAUAUUCGUUUGAAACUUUCGACAGUCGUUCAAUGUUUUUCUUGAUUGAAUUGAGUGUUGUGAUUUUUACGAGUGUUUUCAUAACUUUAAACUCGUUCUCGUAAAAAUUACAGCAAAAAUCAAUGGUGCUCCUAUAUUCCAACGAAUACAAUAGUUUACUCCAUAACGGCGUUAAUUCUAUUUCCGUUGUAUUUAUGCUGUAUUUUUCGACAAUAUGAGAAAGUAUUAAGGUAAUGUAACUUUAAGGGAACAAAUUAUAUAAUUCGUAUUUGACCUGAACUUAUGACAUUGUUUUUUAUUAAUUUGAUAUUUUUCCCGUGCGCGCGUAGUAUCAUUUGUGAUCAUUUGAAACUCACUCAUUUAUUACAAUACUUGAACAAAGUUAAACAAAAAUAUUGAGGAUUUAAUGGAGGAAGUAUUAUGUAUACGUACCUUUCGAGACUUAACUUUUGAGUACAGAUAUAGGGUUGUAAAGAAUAAAAAUAAAAUGAAAAAUGAUGGACUUAUUAAGAGUGCCUUGCCAUACCUUUGUUAUAUUAUGCAAGUAUUAACUAUUGAAUCUCUUUUAUAUAUAUAUAUAUAUAUAUAUAAAAUUUCUUUAAACUCCAAUGAAUCAUUGAAUAUUAAUGUAAUUAAGGGUAAUGUUCAUUUUAGUGGUAUAUUAUUACACUAUGGAUCCAUUAUAUUCGAAAAUGCAUGAUGUUUAGGUCUAAAUGAAUCAGAAAUUGUUGCGAAUAUUUUUCUAUUAGAGGACUCGAUGAGGAGAGUAUAAUUAUAAUAUUUAUUAAUUACGAUAGAUAUUACUAACAAUAUGAUUAGACACGAUGACAAUUGCUACUUUGUAAAUUUAAUAAAUCUUGGAUGGUCAGCGAUGUCCAGAGACAUGUAAUUUUAUAUCGAUCUUUGUAAUCGUUGUAGAUAUUUUGUGUAAUGUAUUUUUUACUGAUAUUUAUUAAAACACAUUUUUUGAUACUACAUUAUUGGAAUUCACUUUGAAUUCUUCCUCUACAGAGUGUUUCAUAAAGCGGGCAAAUAAAGUCUCGAAAUUA